AUUUUUUUUGACAUUUGAAUAUCUCUAUAAUGCUAUGAUAUAUCUAUCAACUAAUUUCAUAUUUUUUAGUAGUCUUAGUGUAAUUAGGGAUCAAUUGUGCAUUCAAAUCAUCAAUUGCUACCAUGGUGCAUGUUGUGAAUGUUUAAAGAUGAAUGAAAAAAUGAAGAUUGGGCGGGCGUUGGGUGUAAGCGGGCGCUGGGUGGUGGUUGAUCACGUUAAAUAAACGUUUGCGGAGAACCUCAAACCAAACACCAUCUCCCCCGCAGCUCCUCAACCGGAAAGGUUACGACUCACCCCUAUAUUUGAAGACAAUGGCGGCUCAACAAAUAAAUCCGAAGAAGCAGCAAGAGCUGCAAGCGCAAUAUCAAAACUACAAAACAACCCUUCAGCAGCUCGCGCAGAAGAUCGGGGAUAUCGAACAGGAGACAGAGGAACAUAAACCCCCCUGAUGAUAUGUUUCACGCGCCGAAACCGCCCUCUCCCUCCCCCGCCCAAAUAACAUACUUACUCACGUAUCCAUAUCUUUCUGCCUCCCCACCCAGACUCGUCAUUGACACCCUCGAACCCCUCGCUGGCGACCGGAAAUGUUUCCGCCUGAUUAACGGCGUGCUCGUCGAGCGGACGGUGAAGGAUGUCAUACCGCCGCUGAAGACGAAUUCGGACGGGCUGAAGCAGGUGCUGGAUGAGUUGCUGAAGCAGUAUAAGGCGAAGCAGGAUGAGUUGGAUGGGUGGAAGAAGAAGAAUAAUAUCCAAGUCGUGCGGGAAUGAGGGAGAUAGGACUAGUAUUCCUGAAGACGGAGGACAUACAUGCGGUAGUGGUGGAAGGGGAAAUUUGUCUUUUUUUGAGGGCACUUUUGUGGAGGAGGUGAAGCUACCUCUGCCUUGUUUAACAAAAUUUUUGACAGCGCCCCCCCCCCCCCCCCGGGGUUUCAUUGGGAUCAGCAUCAAGAGGUGUUCGGCGUAAGGGAUUUCGAGAAAAUGGCCCCCAAAAUUUGCCCCUAUCAAAGGUGAGGCGAAUACUCUGUGGGGUUGUAUUUUUUGUUUUAUUUUAUUUUUUCAUAUUGAAAUUAAUACAUCUUUACCGGCACGGCAGUGGUGAUCAUUAUCAUGAAGUGCAGACGGGGGGGAGGAUUACGCCCAGCCAAGGAAGAAAGCCGAUUUCGCUAUUUCUGGUACACUUUCUGAGAGGGUGAAGUUACUCAAUUGCCCAACCGUUCGCAUUUCAGUGUAGUCGUGCGCUGCGGUCUCCGCCAUGGCCCAUGUGAUGUGAUGGUGUGAGUUUUGGAUAUACUCUUGAUCCGCAGUCUGUCCAGUACAUGUAAAUUCAGACCAAACGACCUAUACACCCCGUACUUUCCUCUGUACCUCUGAUUGGUAGGAUUUAAAUCCGUCAGUCAGUCCAUGUUUUUUUUAUUUUUAUUUUUAUUUUUUUUUCUUUGGCUUAUUAGCUAAUUUACUCCGUACUUCGUUAUCGAGGGAGGGAGGCCGACCUGGCGGUCAGGGCUGUGAUCCAUGAUGCAAUUUCUCUUGGGGGCUAAAUGGCUUCUAUGCAGGCGUGCCUAACAGAACUAAAAGUUUUCGAUGACUUUUGGAGGGGAGAAGAAGAAAUGAUGAGGAGGAGUUGAAGAAUAUCAUCGAAAUAAUAUAGAUCAGACCGGAAAGUAAAUAUUUCGGCGGGAUCAGGUAACUAGUAAGCGGUAGCGUCUCGUCAUCCUAAUUUCAAAAUGGAUGAGCUCUUGCUUUCGCGUCAAUGGCUUCUUCACAUAACUAACCUGUCGUGGAAAUUGACAAUCUCAUUCUUCAUGGCUUGCUUAUUUACCUUCAGGAUUUUCCUGUACAUAGACAUGACAUGAGAGAGAAUGACGUUCCUGGUCUACUCCCUUGAGCAAGACGGAGAAUUAAAUUUGAAUUAUCCCACAUGCACAAUGCAGAUUAUAUCACCCAGCUACAAAUCUGU